AUGUUCCACUUAUCCACACCGCUCUCUCUCCCCAUCAGUUUGCCUCCCCCCCGCCUCUCCCCCGCCUCCCUUCCGCCUCCCUUCCGCCUCCCCCCCGCCUCCCUUCCGGCUCCCCCCCUUUCCUUCCGCCCCCCUCCCCCCACAGAACUGCGCAUGCCCGCUUCCCUCCCUGCACUCACUCACUCGCCGUCCUUCCAUCCUCGUGUGAAUGCGGUUGCUACCCCACAUUCCCCAUCACACCCCUCCCUCUUUCCCCUUCAGUUAUACAGCUUUCUCCCCUCCACCCCUUUCAGCCUAGCUGCAGCUACUCGUGCUCCAGCAGCCUUGCCUGGUGGUCCUGGCUGCUCGUUGCUGCACCGCACGUCACUCCUCAUACUUCCCAUCGACUCCUCUGUCUCUCCACUUCACCCAUUCCGCUUCCCCCUUGCCCCCUCUCAGCCUAUGCCUACGUCUCUGCAAGCUGCAGCUACUCGUGCUCCAGCGGGCUUGCCUGGUGGUCCCACCUUCUCAUUCCCACCGCACAGCACUCCUCACAUUUCCCCAUCAACUCCUCCCUCUAUCUCUUCCCCUCCCUCCACCCCUCUCAGCCUACGUCUCUGCAAGCUGCAGCUACUCGUGCUCCAGCGGGCUCGCCUGGUGGUCGUGGCUGCUCAUCAGUUUCGCGAUUCUCUUUGUCUCUGUAGGGGUGGGCUUCGGGGUCUAUGUGUGCCUGCGCUCUGCCCGCAGCUGAUUCCAAGAGCACUGCUGAAUGUGCGUGCUGCGGGCUUGCCUGGUGGUCCUGGCUGCUCAUCGGUCUCGCCAUUCCCUUAG